AGUUGAAAAAAAGUAAAGUGUGAAUAAUGCACAUUCUUUUGAUUUUCGCAUCUCUUCAGAUCCUGGAUUUAACCUUAAGCUAAGUUUCAAUCUCUACUUUUUUCCCCUGAAUUGUUAGAUAAACAACGGGAAGAAGAAGAACCCAGAAGAGAUGGGCGGAGGAGAUGCGAUUUUAGAUUACGCAACCAUUCAGAUUCUGCCUUCUCAAAACAGGUACGAGGCAUAUACAUGUCGGGGUAAAAAUGUAGAGAAACUGAGUGUUGGGGUUCUUCAAAAACUCUUGCCUCAUUUGCCCGAGUUAAACAACUUGUACACCUGCGGAUCCAUUUCCAAUUCAAUUCAAAUGCCGCUAAUUACAAACUCCAACCCCCCAGCAAUCUCAAAUCUCCCGCAUGGUUUACUCUAUAUACUUUCUCCAGAUUCUUAGAUAUUGUGGGUUCUACUGAUUUAUUGGAUACUGCUAAAGUUAUUGAAGCUGAGAUGUCUCAAUUGGAGGAAGCUAAAAGAUUUCAUCUUUCUCUAUAUGCUCAGGGUCAUCAAGAUCAUAAUCAAAGUAGCGAAAAUGGUAGAUCUCCGCAGCCUGGAGUCCAGAGAUCAUCAGAAACAUCAAAGAAUGAGCUCUUACGCGCUAUGGACUCUAGACUUGGAUCAUUAAGAAGUAAGUUAGUGGCAGCUUUUAACAAGGCGGUUGGAGAAAUCUGCUCCUAUGAAGAAAUCACUUAUCUAGCAAAGUUUUCGGAAAAUUUUGGGGCUAGUGAUGUAAAGAAAUUUUUGUGCACGUUUCUAGAGCUGAGAGAAAAGUGCGAAAUUUCUAAUCCUCGUAAUGAUGAAAACUCCUCAUGCACUCAUGCUUCAGUUAAUGGCAGCAUAAACAAGACUGAUGGAAAUAAUAAAACUUCAAACCCAGUAAGUUCUGAAACACCCGUUAAAUAUGGUGUUUCACCAGCAAAAGCUGCGCAGGUUGAACGUCAAAGCUCAACAGAAAGUGAGGAAUCUUCUGACUCAAGUGAGGAGAAUCCAAUAUCCGCAGAAAGAAGUCGAGCUCUUAUAAGAUCUGCAUCUCCAAGACGGGCAGCAUCUCCAAUGAGAAGGGUUCAAAUUGGGAGGACUGGCUCGCAUAGAGUCCCUGCUCUGACCGUAAAGAGCCUUAGUUACUUUCCUGCUAAAGAACAGAUAUCAAUUCAAAGAGAUGUAGCUUCAGAUGAUAGUGAAGAGGAAGGAUCCGGACACAUUAAGAAACCUGAGAAUAAUAUUCAGCGCAUGAGUGUCCAAGAUAAAAUAAGUCUUUUUGAAAGUAAACAAAGGGAUCAGAUUGCUGAUGUUCCAAAAAGGUCUGCGUUGAGAAGAUGGAGUGCAAGUAUGGGUGAAUCAGCUGUCCAGUCACAAUCGCAGAAUGGUUCUGAAGAUCAUCCUGUUUCAGAGCCUUCUAACAAUUUCAUUGAUAAUGAUAUUAUGGAGAGAUCUGCAGAAGUUAAUUUGGAAUCUGAUAGUAGGACUGAAGUGGUAAACAUCAAGGAAACUAUUGAUGUGGGGUUAGAAAGGCUGGAAGAGAGCUCUUGUAGUCCUAUAAAUAUUCAAGAGGUCACAGAUAUUUUACAUGAAGAAGAAGAUAAUGAAAUGUCAAAAAGCACAGUUGAAUGGUGUCAACAGAACGAAGCGGAGUUGAACCAAAUGUGCGGAAAAAUGAAGGAAAAUCAGCUCGUUAGCCAUAAGAAGCCUCAAAUGGAAAUUGGACAAAAUCUGCCUCCAGAGCAGAGAGGUGGAUUCUAUCACCAUUACAAGGAGAAGAGGGAUCAAAAACUUAGAGGAGAGAAUGUUGGAAAGCAUGCAGAAAAAGAAACAAAGUUGAAAGCAAUGCUAAAAAAUCUUGGUGAGAGGAAAGCUAGAAUGGCUUCCACCAAUGUGAAUAGUAUUCAAAAAAAUGAUCCUCCGACAAAGUCCCAAAUAACUGUUAAGAAUUCCCAAAAGUUACUGAAGAAUCCUUCACAGCCUGCUAAUACAAGGAAGGAAACCGAUAAACUUUCACCUGAAAAGAAGGUUUCAGCUAGAACAUCCUCCUUGCCUGCUAUUCGUAAGUCAUGGCCUUCAGCACCAUCACCGAGAACAGCAGGGGCAUCACUGGUUAAAAUUCCUGGUGAAAUUUCUUCUUCAGGCACAACAUCAAAACGUCGGAAGCCUCAAUCAGAAAAAGCAGCAGCUCAACCGAGUCCUAAAGUGGAAAAUUCCCAGCCACAAUGAAGAAAUCCAAAGGCAACCCAGACUGAGAAACGAGGUUUAGUAGGUGUGAAUGAGAAGCAGGAACAAAAAUUGAUGAAAAGCAGCAAAACAACAAAACAAAACAGCAGCGGCACCUGGGGACUCUUCCAGUAUGUAUCCAGCAAAGCCUAGUUUGUAUAACAGGUUACGAAGAAAAGUAGUGUAGUUCCAUUGGAAUCAAAGCCAUCUCUCCGUAAAGGUUCGGGAUUAACGUCUAGUGGUCGUGUUAACAA